UUUCGAAGAAGGCGGCGACAGAAGUAACAGCAAAGACGGAGAUAAAUGUAACGGCAAAGACGGCGGCAUCCAGAGCUACGACGGCGGCAUUGAGAAUUACAUCGAAGAAGACGGCGAAACUAACGGCGAAGAUGGUGAAGCGAAUGACGAAGUGGCUGGCAGCAUUCUCAGAAUUAGAGGCAAACGGAGCAACGAAAAAGGCGGCGAACAAAACGAAGACGGCGGAAGGAACGACAACUACGCAGAAGACGACAUGCACAACCAGGCCGGAGACAAUUCUAGAAACGCAAAAAGCAGCGAACGUAAAGCGGUGGUGGAAAAUUUGAACGAGAGCGUCGACGUCUCGUUGGGCAUGGCAACCCAGGUGUUGAGUGAGUUUUCUGGCGAGUCGUGUGCCCGCAAAUGGACUACUCAAGUGCAAAAUAUCGCGACCAUUUAUGGAAUAAGAGGAAAAUUUGUUGCUAAUGCUGAGCAAAAUAAAGGGAAAAGCUUAUGAGUGGCUGCACGCAGAUUCAGACCGCGUGUUGCUACCGUUGGAUGACCUAAUGGAAGAGCUGAUCUCAACGUUUGGCGGAAAAUCAUCGAAGUUGGAGAUACGACGCAAAUUCGAAGGGCGCAAAUGGAAACAAAGCGAAAGUUUCGGGAGUUAUGUCGACGACCAGAUAAUGAUUGCUCAGGGCAUAAUUAUUGAUGCAGAUGAAAUGUUGAGCUGCAUCAUCGAAGGUAUCCCCAAUCAAGGGCUACGUAACCAGGCGCAUAUUCAAUGCUUUGUAGAUGUUGGGCACAUAAAGAGGGCGUUUGCGGAUGUAAGCUUGCCAAAGCUAUAUGGAGUUGGCAGGCCGACGACAUCAACGGAUCCCAAGGACAGCAAGGAGACUAGUUGUUUCAAUUGCAAUGCCAAAGGGUAUUGGGCGUACGAGUGCAGGAAAUCAAAGCGGAAGAAAGGAUCGUGCUAUGCGUGCGGCGAGAUGGGACACUUUGUUGCGAAAUGUUUGAAAAACAAAAACAAGAACGAGGGCGAAAACAAAUAUAAUGUCUCAUAGAUACAGGAAGCCCAAUUUCAUUUACUAAAAAAUCCAAAGUGCCAGAAGACAUUUCGAAAUUAC